GGGUGGGCUGGGCCUCCGACUUCGGAAGCGGAGGGCUCUGAUAGCUUUUAUGCAACGGGCUGUGCUCGCAGCUCACUCUCUCCCUGCCCUGGAAGGGGUAAGGCCCUACUCAGUGGCCUUGCAGCCUCCUGAGUUCAAAGAGAAGGCGGAGCAGGUGGGAGGCAUCAGGCAGGUGAAUCUUGGUUUUGAAGCUGUGGAGAGAGGGCUGGCCACGUCUAGGGCAGACCACGUCUGCAGUCUGGUUUUAGGAGUGUGGGCGGCCUCAGUGCAGGCACAACUUCACUUAGUUGAAUUCUGUUUGUCCAUUGUGCAGUGUUUGUUCGUUGCUGCUGGAAGAAGAUACUGGACUGCCCCAGGAAACUGAAGUGGUUGAAUAUCCAAGAGUCAAGGAUAAGGGCAAUUACUACCCGCCUCCCCCCCCCCAAUCACACACCUCUUUGAUUAUGGUGUGAUUAUGGUGGUACUAGGAGGCUGAGAUAGCCAUUUAAUGUUUGGAAACCCUGCUAAGCCAACUGCCCAGGGACUGUGGUUUUAUUUGUGAAUUAUUUGGACAAUUGUCUAGUUGAAAGGGAACUGACAGGAGCUUUAUAACAAUUUUACAAAGCUCAUUCUAAGAUUAAGCUAUUGAACCUAUACUUCCUAUUAGUGCUUAAUUUUCCAAGUAUUACUGAUUCUUAUUUUUAUGAAUCAAGUCCUUGGAAAGGCCGACACACUUGAAUGAAAUAGUGGUCACAAUGGGAAAAUUCUCAGAUGCUACCCCUGUGGUAGGUUCUCUUAAUUUUAUUGUGGUAUGAAUGGAAUAGCAGGUGUUCUCAGGUAUAAGCCUUGUAGUUUGCCAAUACAUUCAUUACCAAAGCUUUAGAUUCCCAUCAAGUUAGUGGGGGUUUUGUUACUUUUUUUUUCUCAGCAAAAUAUUUCCAUUUAAAAUUUUUGUAACAAGAAAUUGUUUUGUAACAAGAAAUCCAUUUACUUAAAAAUCAUUUUGCCAUGUUAGAAGAUGCUUUUUUGGAAGAAGACAUCUGGGAAUACAAAUCUAAAAGAAAACCAAAACCAGUACAUACAAAUAAUUGCUCUGAGACUAUGCCAAAAUCUGUUGAAAAAGCAACAGAUGGAAAAUACCAGUCAAAACGAAACAGAAAUAAAAAAAGAACUGCAGAAGCUAAAGAGAAGACAAAGGACCCUGAAAUGUGCCUUGGAGAAACAGAUAGUCAGACUUCUGUAGCUUCUAGUCAGAAUUCUAGUUGCGGAGAUGGUAUUCCCCAGUCCCAAGACAAGGAGACGGCUUCAGGAAAGCAUUGCAGGACUCGCAAAAACAAACAAGUAUCUCCAAAGAUACGUCCAGUUUAUGAUGGAUACUGCCCAAACUGCCAGAUGCCUUUUUCCUCAUUGCUAGGUCAAACACCUCGAUGGCAUGUUUUUGAGUGUUUGGAUUCUCCAUCAGUCUCUGAAACAGAGUGUCCUGAUGGUCUUCUGUGCACCUCAACAAUUCCUUCUCACUUCAAACGAUACACUCACCUCCUGCUUGCUCAGAGCAGGGCAGGCAGUAGUCCUUUCAGCAGCCCACCACAUGGGCCAAGGGAUUGCUUCAGUGAGACUAAUUCAGGCUUUCUCUGUGGCCUUGAGGAAAGAUGGUCUGUGCAUCAGAAGCCAAUGGAAAACUUAAGAAAUGUUUCAACUCACCCCUCGUUAGUGACACCAUGUCUAAAGAAAUCGCAGUCUCCAACUGAAACCGAUAAAAAGAUUUCUUCUUCUUCAACAAAUAUCCAACCGUCCCAACAAAACCUACAAUUUCCAGAAUGUGUUAAUAAUGACAAACUGGUGGGAGUCGGUUUGCCUCUUGCUGAAGAACUAGACAGCCAAAGCAACUCAGAACACAGACACUCCCCAUUGCCAGAAAAUGACUUUAGUAGCUGUGAAAUCUCUUAUUCUCCACUUCAGACUGAUGAGGAAACUUACAGUAUGGAUGAAAACCUGGGUGAUUUGCAGCAGGAGCUAUUCUUUACGGAGAGCUCUAAAGAUGGCAGCCUGGAAGAAGAUGACAACAGGUGCACUUUGUUUCAAAAACCCCAUGGUCGGUUCCUGAAGGACCAGCAGGAGAAUGGCCCCCACGUGGAUGGCUUCUUAACUCAGGAUAAAUACCAAGAAGUAUUGUAUAAAUACAACAGUCUCACUGGUUCAUCUCAACUUUUUUUCCAAAAUAAGGGUGUUAUUCUGUGUGAUGAUCCAGCACAUACUGGUAAUGAUUUUGCGCUGUUUCCAUCUGCAUCAGCACAAGGGCUUACUUCUAGUUAUCAGGCCGCUAAAGCAAAACCUGGUAAGCCAGAAUGUCACCCAUCUCAAUCAAAUAAACAGAAACAGGCAAUUGAAGAAUCAGCUGUUUGCAAUCAGAUUUCCCUUACAUCACUUACUAGUGAGAUGCCAAGAGCUUUCAAAAGGCAGGGAGAAGGGGAUCUUUCUUUCCAUCCAACCCAAAAUAAAAUGAGAAAAUCAUCAAAUAAGAACUUCAAUGCAAAGAACAAUGCUAAUUCAGCGUGUGUCUGCAGAAAGGCAUUAGGUGGUCAACUAGACAGUAAAGCUACAGUUCCCAAUACAGAGAACUCUUCCAGUGCACUUAAUGCUGUCGAGUCUCUGACAAUGUCACCAUCUGGUCCCAAGUGUCCUGCAACACAGCCUUCUUCCAAAGUGAUGAAGCAAAUGGAUAUAGGUGUUUAUUUUGGACUACCACCCAAAAGAAAAGAAGAGAAAUUGCUAGAGGGGAGUGCAGUGGAAGGGAUGAACUUAAAUCCAGUUGUAAGUCCUAAUGAAAAGAGGUCGGGGCAGCGCAAGAGGAAAGCAGAAAAAUCUUUAAGUGACUUAGAACUCGAUGCAAAGAAUUUAAGUGAGAGUCGGCCCUCUGUGGAACUUUCUAGUGAGAGGUCACAGCAUCAAAGAAAGAGACUUAAAAAGUCAGUUUCACUACAGGAGGGAGCACAUCAGAAGAGGUCACAUCACCUUAACAGGACAGAAUCUGGAAGAGUCAAUUUAAGGAAAGACAAAGUCUUCAUAAAAUCACCUUGUGGCGGGCUGCAGAGAGGGAACACGAAAAUCCCGGAGUCACCUAAUGCAGGACAAUUAAGAACAAGGACAUGUCCAUUCUAUAAGAAAAUACCUGGGACUGGCUUUACAGUUGAUGCCUUCCAGUACGGACUGGUUGAAGGGUGCACAGCCUAUUUUCUCACACAUUUUCAUUCUGAUCACUAUGCUGGAUUGUCUAAAAACUUCACAUUUCCAAUUUAUUGUAGUGAGAUAACUGGCAAUUUGUUGAAGAGCAAACUUCACGUACAAAAACAAUACAUCCAUCCAUUGCCAAUGGACACGGAAUGUAUAGUAAAUGGUGUAAAAGUUAUUUUGCUUGAUGCCAAUCACUGUCCAGGUGCUGUCAUGAUCCUGUUUUAUCUUCCUAACGGUAAAGUCCUGUUACACACCGGCGACUUCCGAGCAGACCCCACCAUGGAACGUUCUCGUCUUGCAGGCCAGAAAGUCCACACGCUUUACUUAGAUACAACAUACUGCAGCCCAGAAUACUCCUUUCCGUCUCAGCAAGAGGUUAUCCAGUUUGCCAUCAACACUGCCUUUGAGGCAGUAACUCUAAACCCACGUGUUCUUGUUGUCUGUGGCACUUAUUCUAUUGGAAAAGAGAAAGUCUUCCUAGCCAUUGCUGAUGUUUUAGGUUCAAAAGUGGGCAUGUCCCAAGAAAAAUAUAAAACCUUACAGUGCCUCAACAUACCAGAACUUAAUUCCUUCAUCACCACGGACAUGUGCAGUUCACUGGUUCACCUUCUCCCAAUGAUGCAAAUUAACUUUAAG